CGUAGAUGUCGACGCAUGAGUACAAUAUUAUUUCUUCAAACUUUGGCCCCCCCUCUCUCUCUGUUUGCUUCUCCUGGGUCCUCGCCGGUCCUAUAGGACACACGCUUCUCUCUCAUACCCCAUAACCCCCUGUUCCAUUCCUUUCAUAUAUAUCAAAACCAAAAACAAAAACAAAAACUCAUAGUCUCUCUCUCUGGAUAAAAGAAUGAGAAAAUCAGAAAGAUUUCAUUUUUAGGACUACUUUCUCAGACUCUAUAAGUUUAGCGUUCUUGGUGUUGGGGAAUUUGCGCAAACAAAGGUCAAAAUGUCUAGUUUUGUGGGUGUUUUUGUUUCUGAUCCAUGGCUUCAGAGCCAAUUCACCCAAGUCGAGCUUCGCACCCUGAAAUCCAAAUAUGUUUCUGUAAGGACUCAAUCUGGCCGUGUCACGGUGGGAGAUUUACCAAGCAUUUUUGUGAAGUUGAAGGCUUUCACUGAAAUGUUUAAAGAGGAUGAGAUUAAGGCUAUGUUGGAGGAGUCUUAUAAGGAUAUGGAUGAAGAAAUUGAUUUUGAAUCCUUCCUUCGGGCACAUAUAAAUUUGCAAUCCCGAGCAACAUCAAAAUCACCCGGUUCAAAGAAUUCCUCUUCAUUUCUCAAGGCCACCACAACAACUGUCCACCACUCAAUUAAUGAAUCUGAGAAGGCUUCCUAUGUUGCCCACAUUAACAGUUACUUGGCAGAAGAUCCAUUUUUGAAGAAGUAUCUUCCUCUUGAUCCAUCUACAAAUGCUUUAUUUGACCUUGCAAAGGAUGGAGUUCUUCUCUGUAAGCUUAUUAAUGUAGCUGUUCCUGGGACCAUAGAUGAGCGAGCUAUCAACACUAAGAAAGCCCUUAAUCCAUGGGAGAGGAAUGAAAAUCAUACCCUCUGCCUCAAUUCUGCGAAGGCUAUUGGCUGCACAGUGGUUAAUAUUGGCACACAGGACUUGAUUGAAGGAAGACCACAUCUGUUACUUGGCUUGAUUUCUCAAAUAAUCAAGAUUCAACUACUAGCUGAUCUCAAUCUGAAGAAAACUCCUCAACUUGUGGAAUUGGUGGAUGACAGCAAGGAUGUGGAGGAGCUUCUAGGCUUACCACCUGAAAAGGUUUUACUUAAAUGGAUGAAUUUCCAUCUGAAGAAAGCUGGUUAUGAAAAACCAGUUACAAACUUCUCUUCUGAUGUGAAGGAUGGAGAGGCAUAUGCGUUCCUUCUCAAUACUCUUGCACCUGAACACUCAGGUCCCGCUGCUUUGGAUACAAAAGAUCCUACAGAAAGAGCAAACAUGGUUCUUGCGCAUGCAGAGAAAUUGGAUUGCAAAAGAUACCUCACUCCUAAGGACAUCGUUGAGGGUUCACCAAAUCUUAAUCUUGCAUUUGUUGCACAAAUAUUCCAGCAUAGGAAUGGCUUGACAGUUGACACCAAAAAGAUGUCCUUUGCUGAGAUGAUGACAGAUGAUGCACAAACUUCUCGUGAGGAGAGAUGCUUCCGAUUGUGGAUUAACAGUCUUGGAAUUGCUACAUAUGUUAAUAAUGUUUUCGAGGAUAUCAGAAAUGGAUGGGUUCUUUUAGAAGUUCUUGACAAAGUUUCACCAGAAUCAGUUAACUGGAAGCAGGCAUCAAAGCCUCCUAUAAAGAUGCCAUUUAGAAAAGUUGAGAAUUGCAACCAAGUUGUAAAGAUUGGGAAGCAAUUAAACUUCUCCCUUGUGAAUGUAGCUGGAAAUGAUAUUGUGCAAGGAAAUAAAAAGCUCAUACUAGCAUUUUUAUGGCAACUCAUGAGGUUCACCAUGCUCCAACUCUUAAAAAACUUGAGAUCACACUCUCAAGGUAAAAAGGGUAAAGAGAUAACAGACACUGAUAUUCUAAACUGGGCAAACAACAAAGUGAAGAAGGCAGGAAGAACCUCCCAAAUGGAAAGCUUCAGGGAUAAAAACCUUUCAAAUGGAAUUUUCUUCCUGGAGCUUCUUAGUGCUGUAGAGCCAAGGGUGGUUAAUUGGAGCGUUGUUACAAAGGGAGAAACAGAGGAAGAUAAGAAGUUGAAUGCAACAUAUAUAAUCAGUGUUGCACGAAAGCUGGGUUGCUCCAUUUUCUUGUUACCUGAGGAAAUUAUAGAGGUAAACCAGAAGAUGAUCCUUAUUUUGACAGCAAGCAUCAUGUACUGGAGCUUGCAGCAACCAGCAGAGGAGUCGGAGUCAGAGUCGUGCCCUGCUGAAGACAGUAACAUUCCUGAUGCAUCCCCUGCAGCUUCGGUGGAUGGCGAAAGCGAAACACCUUUGGAUGGUGAGGUCUGUAAUUUGGCCAUAAACGAUGCUGCUUCAGAUACUACCCCUUCAGAUACUUCCCCAGAGGUUGAAAAUGAGGAAUCCCCUGAUAAGGUUGAAGGAAAGGACUAGGACAGUCCUGAUAGAGAAUGAACAAUGUUUUUCCCUUUCUUUUCUUUGUUCAUUACUUUUACUUUUACAAGGAAUAGGAAAGAGUAAAAUUUUCCUGCAGUUAGGAUAUGAUACAGCUCCUUAUUUAAAGAGAGCGUGUGCUUCUAGACCCCAGGGGGAAAAAAAAUUGAAGGGUCCUGUAAAUUUUCUUUUAACUUUUAACUAAAGGCUUCUUUUGUGAGGCAUAUUCUUUUUAUUGAAAUUACAUUAAUACUGGGGAAUAA